CCGAUGCAGACGGAGAGACAGCGGAUUUCAACUUGUUGCGACUUUUCCCCUCUCUCUCUUCCCUAAGUGCAAGCUCAUGCAGUUAUAGAGUUUGUUCACUUAGUCUCUCUCAGCAAACUUCUCGAAAAUGCUUGCAAGGCAGAACUGGGGGUCCUGGGGUUUGCCUGUCCUGCUCUGGCAAGCACUGAUUGCUGCCGGCAUCCUCGCUCAGAACACGGAAGAACAAGGAUCAAAGGGGCACCUCGAUCUCACGGAGCUAAUUGGAGUCCCACUGCCCUCAUCUGUCUCCUUCAUCACUGGAUAUGGAGGCUUUCCAGCUUAUAGUUUUGCACCAGGUGCUAACAUUGGCCGACCAACAAGAACUUUAAUUCCUGAGACAUUCUACCGUGAUUUCGCGAUCAGUGUGACCAUAAAGCCUGAUAGUAACCAUGGAGGUGUAUUAUUUGCAAUAACAGAUGCAUUUCAGAAAAUUAUUUACCUGGGACUGAGGCUCUCACAAAUUCAAGAUGGCACUCAGAGAAUAAUACUGUAUUAUACGGAGCCUGGUUCCCAUGUUUCCCAAGAGGCUGCCUCAUUUAAAGUUCCAGUAAUGACUAAUAAAUGGAAUAGGUUUACAAUUAUCAUUGAAGGACAUGAUGUAAUUCUUCUUAUAGACUGUGAAGAAUAUAACCGAGUUCAGUUUCUGAGGUCACCACAAGCCUUGAGAUUUGAAUCCAGUUCAGGCAUAUUUGUUGGAAAUGCAGGAGCCACAGGACUGGAAAGAUUUACUGGCUCAAUUCAACAAUUAACCAUUCAGUCAGAUCCUCACCCUUCUAAGGACCAAUGUGAAGAUGAUGACCCAUAUGCAUCUGGAGAGACCAGUGGUCUUCAGGAAGCAGAAGAUGUUGCUGAAAUACAAGAAGCUAUCACAUACACUCAAGCUCCUCCCGAAGAAACCAAAGUAGAGCCAGUAGAAGCACCUCCAACGACACCAUCUGAGUCUAAGGAAAUGGAGCUCUCAGGUGAUGCUGAGAGUGAAGAUAGUCCUGAGGCUGAGGAUAGCCCUAAGGGUGAGGAUAUCUCAAAGGCUGAGGAUAUACCUACAACUAAGGAUAACCCUACAGCUGAGAGUACUCCUACAACUGAGAAUAUCCCUACGACUAAGGAUAGCCCUACGACUACGGAUAGCCCUACGACUGAGAAUAUCCCUACGACUAAGGAUAGCCCUACGACUGAGGAUAGCUCUAUGACUGAAGAUAGCCCUACGACUGAGGAUAGCCAAGAGCUCACCAAUGCCAUGCACACAGAUUCCAGCAACUCAGAACAAGGAUCUGGUGAUUCCAUUCAUGACACACAAGAAAAGGACAACGCUACUGACAGUGACCGAAAAGUAGAGAUUGGUUCAGGAAAUGAAGAACUUGAAAUAAGUGGAGAAAAGGAUACAACAGAUGAAGAAGAUUUGACAAGAACACAAGUACCUACCAGAUUUCCUGGAAAAGAAGGUGAAAAUAACCUUCCAACUUAUGGUCCGAGUCAACCUCUGCCAACAGUACAACCUGAAAAAGAUAACAUCUUGGGUGAAAGAGGACUCCCAGGACCAAAAGGACAGGCUGGCUCAAAAGGGGAAAAGGGUGAUCCUGGUGAAGGAAAGCCAGGUCUUCCUGGCUUUCCAGGUUCCCCUGGACCAUCUGGACCUCCUGGAACAUUGGGUAUGAUGGAGAUUGAUGGUUCUGGCUUUGAUGCUAAUUCUGGCUCUGGUUCUGGCUCUGGCUCUGAUUCUGAUUCUAGCUCUGUUCUCUUUGAAGGCAGUGGAGAACUGCUAAGAGGCCCUCCUGGACCACCAGGACCUCCAGGAUCACCAGGUCUUCCAGGAGAACCAGGAUCUGAAUUAUAUAUAGGACCCCCUGGUUCACCUGGAGAAGAUGGACCAUCUGGUGAACCAGGGCCCCCAGGUCCUGAUGGUCAUCCAGGAUUUAAUGGAGCUGCUGGCCUUCCAGGAAUGAAAGGAGAAAAGGGUGAAAAAGGUCCUAAUGGCUCCACCGGUGAAAAGGGUGACUCUGGAAAAAGAGGAUUACCAGGUCCUCCAGGGAAAGAUGGGGUUGUUGGAGAGCCUGGCCCUCCUGGGCUCCCUGGUCCUCCUGGGCCCCCUGGUGUCAGCUGUGCAAUGGGACUUGGAUUUGAGGAUAUAGAAGGCUCUGGAAGCAUUAGACUGUUGAGUGAACACAAACCUGCAGGACCAACAGAGCCAAAUGGUCCAAAAGGAGAAAAAGGAGACCAAGGGCUUAAGGGUGAAAAGGGGCGUAAUGGAGAUAGUUUAAUAGGGCCACCGGGGCCACCAGGACCACCAGGAAGAACUGUUGCAGUGUCCGCAGCAAUUCUCAAUGGCACUGAUGGAAUCAUGAAUAUUACUGAACUUCCUGAACUAAUUGGCCUACCAGGACCAGAGGGCAAGCCCGGUCUGCCAGGAUUCCCAGGCCCAAAAGGACCAAAAGGUGACACUGGAUUUCCAGGGUUGCCAGGAGAAAAGGGUGAAAAGGGUGAACCAGGAACCAUUCUUGCUGGUGAUAUUGCCCUUGAGAGGUUGAUGUGGAAAAAGGGUGAAAUUGGAAUUCAAGGACCACCAGGGCCAAUGGGCCCCAAAGGACCACCUGGACAUAAGGGAGAAUUAGGUUUCCCAGGGCGACCAGGGAGACCUGGUUUAAAUGGACUAAAAGGCACUAAAGGAGAACGUGGAGUAGUGCUAUUAGGCCCACCUGGUUUGCCUGGUCCUCCAGGGCCUCCUGGACCACCUGGAGCUGUGAUUAACAUUAAAGGAACGGUUUUUCCAAUUUCUCCCAGACCUCAUUGCAAAACACCAGUCAAUCCUACUCAUCCUGGGAAUCAAGAACUAAUAACUUUCCAUGGCAUUAAAGGAGAAAAAGGUUCCUGGGGUCUACCUGGGCAACCAGGCCCAAAGGGUGAAAAAGGAGAUGAGGGUGAGCCAGGACCACCAGGUCCCCCAAUUCCUGUUACAUACUUGAAGCACUUUAUGGAUAGAAUGAAGGGUGAAUCUGGAAACAAAGGAAUCAAAGGUGAAAAGGGAGAUUCCAAUGGUGGAUUUUUUAUGCCUGGGCCCCCUGGAUUACCAGGAAGUCCUGGACAAAUGGGCCAGAAAGGAGAUUCUGUCAUUGGACCCAGAGGCCCACCUGGGGCACCAGGCUUGCCUGGGCCUCCUGGUUAUGGAGCUCAUGGACUUCCAGGACCUCCAGGACCCCCAGGGCCACCAGGACCCCCAGCAAUAUUGGGAUCAGCGGUGGCACUUCCAGGCCCACCUGGCCCUCCAGGUCAGCCAGGACGUCCAGGAUCCAGGAACCUGGUAACAACAUUUGGAAAUAUUGAAAGUAUGAUGCAAAAUGCUCAUUUGGUGAUAGAAGGCACACUGAUUUAUUUAAGUGAAAGUACAGAGUUUUUUAUACGUGUAAGAAAUGGAUGGAAAAAAUUGCAGCUUGGAGAGCUUAUUCCCAUUCCUGCUGAUAGCCCACCACCUCCUGCAAUUUCCAGCAAUUUUCAGCAACCUCUACCUCCACCAAUUCAGACUUCAAAUGUCAAUUAUGAGAAGCCAGCACUUCGCCUAGUUGCUUUGAAUAUGCCAUUUUCUGGAGACAUUCGAGCUGACUUCCAGUGCUUCCAACAAGCCCAGGCUGCCGGUUUAUUGUCCACUUAUAGAGCUUUCUUAUCGUCCCAUUUACAAGAUCUGUCCACAAUCGUGAGAAAAUCAGACAGCUACAGCUUGCCAAUAGUUAACCUUAAGGGAGAAAUACUUUUCAAUAAUUGGGAGUCCAUUUUUUCUGGCCAUGGAGGUCAAUUCAAUAACCAUAUUCCAAUAUAUUCCUUUGAUGGUCGGAAUGUUAUGACAGAUCCAUCAUGGCCUCAAAAAGUAAUAUGGCAUGGUUCCAACACAAAUGGGAUUCGACUGGUAAGCAACUAUUGUGAAGCAUGGAGAACAGCAGAUAUAACUGUAACAGGAAACGCAUCACCACUGAGCACAGGAAAAAUCUUGGAUCAGAAAACCUAUAGUUGUGCUAAUCAGCUCAUUGUUUUGUGUAUUGAAAACAGUUUUAUGACUGAUGCAAGAAAAUGAUGACCAUCUACCCUACUGAAGAAAUCUACAAUUUUAUUGCCUAAAAAGUGGACACUGAAAUUUGAUUUUUAAUGAUGUAUAUAUUGUUUUUAAUUGCACAUUUAUAACUAAAGUAACCAAAGAAAACAUACCUCAGUACACUCAGUACUAAAAACGUAGAAAGAACUCAGAUAAAAGACAAAAUCUGAUUUAUACUUUGGUGCUAGGAUCUGCAAGGAUUCCCCAAGUGGUGUGACAAGAAAACAUCCUUGCACACAUCAACAAUAAGUGUGCAAAUCAAUGUAGGCACAGAAAUGUGCUCUUGUAAUAUCACAGCUGCUUUCAUGCCACUAUCUCCUCAAGAAAGUUGUUUGCUUAGUGUAACUGUCUCUGCUGAGUGUCAGAUGCUCUUCAUGUUUUCUUAACAAAAGUUUAGCAACAGUAUCUCAUUUUAAGUUAUAUGUGAACCAAAUGUUUCAUUCUUUAUGCAUCCAUCAUUUAUAAUUGCUGUUCACAAUGAAGGGGAAAACCCUAAAAAUUAACUAAUUUUUAUUCUUAAAUGUUAUCAAUAAGUGUUCAUUUUCCUUCAAAGAAUUACCAUUUUGCCAUCAUAUUUUAGCAGGCUUACUUUUUAAAAAUAAUCAUAGCUUAGUGUGGCAUUUGUUCAUGUACCAUAACCAAACUGACUUGCUGGAAAAGUUGAAAUUCCAAAGCAUCUUGAAUGAGAAAUGUGACUAUAAAUAGAUAUUGCCUGCCUCCUUUUAAAAAUGAUUUUGUGACUUGUAUUUGACAACUCUUGAAGUGUAAUACUUUUAGCAAAAUGAGAAUUUCCAUGCAAAUUACUUUGCUGGUAAACAUACAUACACAUAUAGAUAUAUAAAUAUAUAAAAUAUUGUUUUAUUUUUCCAUCUGAAUUAACACAAAAACAUUUUCCCAAAAUUAACCUAUGUUUUCUCCAAAUAUCAUAUUUUCAUUGUUAUGAUAUGGAAAUAAACUUUUGCGGGGUUUUCAACUACA